AUGUUUAUCAACCUGGCAAAGCCCCAGACUGACACGGCGGCCGUCUUUUCCCGCGACAAUGUCUUCGCCAGCUCGCCCGCAGCUGCAGCAGCCCUCGCGCCGUGGUGCUUCCACCUGAAUCAGAUCAACAUAGCACACUUCCUCGGCCACCAGCCGCCGGCGCCCCACGACAUGUCUUUCAACAACAGCAGCAACAACAACAAUAACAGGCCGAUGUCUCUGAACAGCGGGUGGUCCCAGCAGCCCGGGAUGGUGGCCAAGCAAGACGGACCACAACAACUUGAACAUGAACAUGGCGUCCCGAUGUACGGUACCGGGUACUACCCCGAGAACACGCCUGAUAGCGUGCCGCUCUCGACCACAGAUGAACACACGGCACUGACGGCGGGCAAUCGCGCCUCUGGCUCAUCCUACGUCAAUCAAAAUGUCUCGCCCUACCCGGGUGCUGCAAACGUGGUGCCAACGGGCUCCGAGCUCCUGGAUCCGUCCACCACCUACUGGCAGCUGGUCCCGCCACCGGGCCUGGCACCCCCGGCUCCUCCUUCGUUUGCGCCGCCGCCCCAUCAUCUUCUGAGCCAUCUCCACGACGGCGGGGGGGACCACCACCCGAUCUGGCAGCAGCACCCGGGCAGCAACAACACCAACCCUGCCGCGUUUGAGUACCACGGCGGCGGGCACUACACGUUGGAUGUCCACGCCGCCAGCGUGCUGCCGCAAACCGUCUUCCGGCCCGGGGGCGAGGAACAACUCCCCGACCUGCUGCACCCCCUCGCUUCUUCUGCGAUGCCCGCCGCCGAAAGGGAGCAGUGCCAGCAGCAGCAGCCGACCAGCAACGCCAACCCCCAUCAACUCGAAUAUUCCUCCUCGGGCAUGCUCGAGGGGGUCGAAGCCAUGGUGUUGAGCGACGAGACCACUGGCUACCCGCCCGAGUACGACCGCGGCGGAGUAGUAAUGCUUGCCAGCGGCAGCAACUGGGCGGUGGCGGCGGAGCCAUCAUCAAUAGCAUCAUCAGGGACAGCCGCCGCCGCCGCCGCCGCCGCUGCUGCUGCUGCGUGCGAAGAAGGCAAGACGGUCUCGCCCAAGCUGCUGCGCCUGCGGCAGACGCCGUCCCCGGCCGCGUCGUGUGAGGGCCUCCGCACGAGCUUCAUGAUGCCGAUGCCCGGGUCGGCUGAACUUGACGCCCACGCAUUCUCAGUCCAUCAUCAUCAUCAUCAUCAUCACGAACCCUUUGUGCCCUCGCAACUUGCUACGAGUACGAGUAGUAGUAGCACGAGACCAGGAGGAGCUGGACUUGUACAAGUACCAACUACUACUAGUAGUAUGAGAAAGUCGCGCAAGCGGCUGCCAGACAUGACAUUGACGUCGACGACGGGCUGCCAGCGGCUGAAUCCGACCAUCCUCCCAUCUUCUUCUUCUUCUUGUUCUUCGAGACGCCGCAAAUCCACCACGUCCACCAGUGAUCCGCCGCCGCCGCCGCCGUCGUGGUCGCCCCCGGCCAGAAGGCUGACGCGGCUCCGGCCCAAGCCCAAGCCCGAGCAGCAGGCUCAGCAGCAGCAGCAGCAGCACCACUCAUCUCCCUCGGCAGCAGCAGCCGCAGCGCUGGGAUCAUUGGGAAGCAAGAGCAGCGUCGUCGUCGACCUGGCGGACCGCAUAUCCAAGGACGACUUCCUCGUGCGUCAGAAGCAGCUGGGCCUGACAUACAAGGAGAUCCGGCGGAUGGGCGGCUUUACCGAGGCCGAGUCGACGCUGAGGGGGAGGUAUCGCACGCUGACCAAGAGUCGGGAGGCGAGGGUUAGGAAGCCCGAGUGGUCUGAGAAGGAUCUACGCCUCCUAGAAAAAGCAGUCCGCACCCUCGCCCCUAACAACAUGCUCACCCCCUCCCCCUCCCUCUCCUCCCCCCCACACGGCGCCUCCUCCUCCUCCCCAAUCCCAUCAUCAUCCGCCAAAGUCCCCUGGAAGAAAGUCGCAGAAUACAUCGUGACCCACGGCGGGACCUACCACUUCGGCAACUCGACCUGCCGCAAGCGCUGGGACGAGCUGGUGCGCGAGCAGGCCGCGAGGGGGAAGAGUCUGCGCGAGGGGUGGUUUUUCUUUGAUGAUGAUGAUGAUGACGAGGAGGAUGGUGAUGGUGAGGGGGAUGAUGAGAGUCAUGAUGGUGGUGGUGACGGUGGCGGUGAACAUAACGGGGAUGACGAGCGGGCGGUUGGUUGGUAG